UUUGAACACGUGUGCUUAAUUUUGUAGGAUUGUCUGUAUGUUUGUCCACUUAUCUCUCAAAUUAGUCAAACUAGACAUAGGAUCCUAAUUUUUUUUUUUGUUUAAUAAAUUAGCUUUCAACUUAGGAAACAGCACAAUCUUCAAAAUCGGUUCUGUAGUUUGAAGGUAUAAUAAUGUAACGAUUAAAAAACAAACAAAUGUUUUUCACGGCUGUAUCAGUUAUUCUCCAGCGUCCUAACCAUCUUACUCAAAAAUUUUAAAUAUUUAACCAAUGAAUUUUAUCACACUUAUUUAUUACUUAAAAAAAGUAGGGAAAAUGUAUUACCAAAAUUUGCUAAAAUACAUAUGGCAUUAAAUGAGUUACAUAAAACAACAAUUUUCAUUAUGACAGCUAUAAACGCACAAAUAACAAAGAUUGCUCAAACGCUGAGUGACGUGAUAAAGAUAUACCUAUACAAUUUCUCACUCGUUAGUGCAACUAAAAAGAUAGAAAAAUAAGUUUUGAAGUCUAUUUAUAACCUUCAUUAACAAAAGACGUUGUUACAGGUUAACAAUGAAUAGGUUGAAAAGAAGAACAUGGGACAGUUUAGAAUUCGAUUGGAAGAACGACGACAUACAUAAUUUCGACGCCCCCUCUGACAUCGAGCCCGACUACGACUGUCCUAGCAUACCCAAUAAUCCACAUACAUUCGAGAAUAAACAUAAUAUACGGAAUAAAACGAAGAAGGACUUCAUCACUAGCCCCUCUAAUAGAACAAUUAUAAAUCUAACAGAAGACGGUGCCACUAUACAAUGUAGUUACGAUAAUCAAUCACCGAGAAAAAAUAUUAGGGAAAACGAAAAGAAAACUAUCGUAGUAGAAGUGCAUCAUACUAGCGGUUUGUCGUGUGCAAAUACGAACUGUAACUAUCCACCGCCGCCGAUGAAAGAUUUGACUGAUUCCACGAGUAUAUCGAGUUCAACCACAUUAUCUAGUGCCAUUGCCGAAGAGAUACAGAGGAGGAAACUGAACAAGCAAUCAUCAAAACCAGAGACCAAAAUUGCACCGACGCCACCAAAAAAACCAGUACCAAAGCCAGUGGACAACGAUAAAAGAAAGCAGCACGACGCACUUAUGGACGAGUUUAAAAAAGUUCACAGGAAAAUGUUUUCGGGCAUGGAGAAAGAAGAGCCAGUACGCGAUGGACUCGAGACCGAUAUGAAUACUUUGGUAAGUAAUUGUUGCUUAAAUAAAAAAAUCUUAGUUUAAUUUAUAAUGAGCAAAUAGACUUAUUAUUAUUUUGUGCAAACUUAAUUCAAUUUUAUUACAUCCAGACACCGCCUCACUCCUGUAGUUCUAGCCGUAGGAUGUAACAUCUAAGCAAUGCUAAUAGAAUUAUAAUUCUAUUUUGUUUCAUUUUACUACUUUGACAUGUAAGUAGUUUAAUAACAAAAAGCGAAUGGUAAAGAAUGAUGGAUAUGGAUUAGACAGCAGUGUUUCCAACUAAGUCAUUUAUACACCAAAAGACAUGUCAAAGUAGUAAUAU